UCAGUCCCAUGGCUGCGUGUGGCUCCGUUGACAUUUAAGCAGAGAACACUCAUCGUAGUAGUACGUUGGGGAGAAAAAAAAGCGUUUCAUUCGGGAUAAAUCAUAAUCUUGUAUGAACCGUUUAUUAUCGAACUGCUGUUUUUUUUCCCGUUUUUUGUUUUCGAAAAUAGUGAACGAAGGCGUAAUCCGUCGUUCGGUUUCAUUUGCUUGCAAGUUUGCAAUGCUAGUAAUCGUGCUAGUUUGAUAUAUUGCUCAGACCAAAUCGGUUCGAUCGUUAGCUUCCUUCAAUGCCCUUCCACAAUCCUGUUUGUCUGGCAACGAUUGUGGUUACCUUAUGUAUUUAUUUUCCCGAGAGAAAUAAUGUAAGCCCGUCUUCUGCGCAUAAUGGACAGAGACUUGUUGAGGCAGUGUCUGACGUAUCACGGAGAGUCCUUGUUCAGCACAUUGAAAUGUGAACAGACUGAGAAUCCCGACUUUCAAGCCGUGGUGGCUGACCUGUGUAAGGCUCCGUAUGAGGGAAAUGGCGAAGAGCAGAGCAGCCCCCUUGUGGAGCAGUUCAUUGCUCGGAAGGCUGACAUUCUUUUCAGUCCAUCGUGGAAGACUGCAACUCCGAAAGAAGAAGAAGAACCCCGACAGGAGGAAGCCGCAGAGGCUUAUGCUGUCAUGCCCCCCCUGGAGUUAUUCAUGGAGGUGCCUUUUGAAGAGAGAAGGACCAUGCUUUACCGGGAUUUAGAACGAGGAGACAUCGUGGUGGGGAGGAUCAACAACGUUCGCGAAUAUGGCUUCUUUCUCACGCUCAUUUGCAUGGCGGGCGGGCUGAACAGAGACAUCGAAGACCUGGAGUUAUCGGCUCUUUGUCACAUUAAAGAAAUUCCCUCAGCUGGCAGCCACGACGAUCCUUUGUCCUACUACCAGAUUGGGGACUUCAUCAGAGCCGUUGUGAAAGAUAUCGACCGCUACCAGGAAAAAAUAACCGUCUCGCUUCUGCAAGCAUCCAUUUCUGGCAGAUCAGACUGCAUCCAACUCGGAGUCGUGACUAGGGAGGAGCUGCCCGUACAAUACGAUCGGAGUGUUUGCGCAGCCAGUGACUUCAGCAAGACGUACGAGCGCAUACUGAGGGGUUGCCACGGCUACCACAACCCCUGCGUGGUGGACUACCUGCUGGAGAACAUCGGCGUCAGCGACGUCCAUCCUCCGUCCAUGAUGCGAGGGCUCCAAAGUCAACUGUUUGCAAAAGAAGAUUUUGCGUCCGUCAUCCGGAAGAAGCAGUCGGUAUCCUGGGCCUUGAAAUGUGUUAAGGCUGGUGUGGGCCACUUCAAGCAGGGUCGCCAUGUGGAAGCCAUGAAUGAGUACAACAAAGCUUUGGACAUCGACACCAAUAACGUGGAAGCGCUGGUCGCGCGCGGCGCUCUGUAUGCAAAUAAAGGCGUGAUCCUGAAGGCGAUAUCGGACUUCGAAUUGGCCCUGGAGACGUGCCCGGAUCACCGCAAUGCCAAGAAGUACCUCUGCCAAACACUGGUUGAGAGAGGAAAACAACUCGAGGAACAAGAGAAGCUCGUGACAGCGGAAGGAGUGUACAGACGAGCGCUUUCUCUGGAUGACGCAAACCCCGAAGCUCAGGAGGCCUUGAGAAAAAUCACCGAGACCAUACAGAAUUCCAUUCGCCUGCGGGAAGAAGCGCUGGCGAAGGAAGGGGAAGAGAAAGCCAAAAGCAGUCAGAGCAGCGCUGAGAAAUUGCGUAAGCUCUUAAAAGAGGAGAAGAGGUGAGUUA